CUUUCGCCCAACCCACAAGGCCGGUGACUCCGGAAGGAUUCGGGCAGGCCGCCGGAUGUGACGCUGCAGCUCAGGCGCGCCGGAGGCAGUGGGGAGCGCCGAGAAAACAGGCCCAGUCCGAGGUCUGGCAGCCAGUGACAGAGAGGGGCGCCUGCGGCCCUCGCGACCCCGGCAGCACGAUGCCCGCGCUCCUGGAGCGCCCGAAGCUUUCCAACGCCAUGGCCAGAGCUCUGCACCGGCACAUCAUGAUGGAGCGGGAGCGCAAGCGGCAGGAGGAGGAAGAAGUGGACAAGAUGAUGGAACAGAAGAUGAAAGAGGAGCAAGAGAGAAGGAAAAAAAAAGAGAUGGAAGAGAGAAUGUCAUUAGAGGAAACCAAAGAACAAAUUCUGAAACUGCAGGAGAAACUUUUGGCUUUACAGGAAGAGAAGCACCAGCUUUUCCUGCAGUUAAAGAAAGUUUUACAUGAGGAAGAAAAACGGAGGCGAAAGGAGCAAAGUGACCUGACCACUCUGACAUCAGCCGCCUACCAGCAGAGCCUGACUGUUCACACAGGAACUCACCUCCUCAGCAUGCAGGGGAGUCCUGGAGGACACAGUCGCCCAGGCACCCUCAUGGCAGCUGACAGAGCCAAACAGAUGUUUGGACCCCAGGUGCUUACGACCCGGCACUAUGUGGGCUCAGCAGCUGCUUUCGCAGGGACCCCUGAGCAUGGGCAGUUCCAAGGAAGCCCAGGUGGUGCCUAUGGGACUGCUCAGCCCCCACCUCAUUAUGGGCCCACACAGCCAGCUUAUAGUCCUAGUCAGCAGCUUAGAGCACCUUCAGCAUUUCCUGCAGUGCAGUACUUAUCUCAGCCACAGCCACAGCCCUAUGCUGUGCAUGGCCACUUUCAGCCCACCCAAACAGGGUUCCUCCAACCUAGUGGUGCCCUGUCCUUGCAAAAGCAGAUGGAACAUGCUAAUCAGCAGACUGGCUUCUCUGACUCAUCUUCUCUGCGCCCCAUGCAUCCCCAAGCUCUACACCCAGCACCUGGUCUCCUCACCUCCCCUCAGCUCCCUGUGCAGAUGCAACCAGCAGGAAAGGCUUUGCCACUACCAGCCAACCUGGCCCUCGGCUCCCCUUCAUCCAACACAGCCAGAACCCACGCUUCUACCACAAGUGACCAUCAUAUAUUAUCUUCAACUCCAUCCCCCAUGGCUGAGGGUCUCCCUUGUGUGUCCCAGACCAAUAAAACCUACCUGCCACCCCUGCCUGCCGCUAUUUGUGUCACUUCCCACCCAGGGGCCUGGAAUAUGACAAAGCUGCUUGGGGGUGGGAAAUGGCUGGCAGACCCACAGCAAGUGAAAGUGAGGCAGUGGACCAUAAUAAACUGGUGGCAUUUAGUCUCUUUUUGGGUCCUGAAUACAUCUUCCAGUCAACAAGUACCCAUUUAAUUCAAGUAAGUGGUCGAGUUGAGGGCUUCAUAUUAAACUUGUAGUUUUAUUCAGGUUUGAUUUUAACAAAUGUGUUGGGGAGAGAGCCCACAGGAAAGGGUGAAGCCCAUGGGGGCAAGGCCCUCCCAGAUGCCUGAGGAGAGGGCACAUCCCCCUUCCCCUCUUCUCUUCCCUCCCCAUCUAAAGGGGUUUAGGGAGAGAUAUAGGCAAGGGAGAGAACUGGUCCCCAGUCUGUGGGGGUGGUAUUGGGGUAAAGAGCUAUGGGGAAUGGGACCAGACCAUUGACAAGUAGGGAGAAGGGGCACAAGGACUAUUUACAAGAAUCCACAGUAUUCUGAUUCCAAAUU